UAAAAAUUUAUAUAAAUGAUAGAAUAUCUAUUUAUGGCAGUAAAAAAAACAACGAAAUUAUUGUCACGAAAUAAAUGAUGAUGCGGAAUUAUUAUCAUGUUCUCCUGUUUAACCCCGAGUGAAAUAUGACGUUGCACCAAGGAGCAGCCGUGAUUUGGGUUCGGCAGUAUCGUAUUUCCUGACUGAGAAAAGUGGAUUUUAGAAGAUUUGCGCGUGUCGAAUUAAACUUUUCCACCUUUUCGAAUAUUCCGAUACUUGUAUACGUCACUAAUAAUUUCGUACUUUUUAUUUUAGGUCACGCUUGGUGUUAAAAGAUUGAAAUGUUACAAACUUACUAAUGAAAGCUAACCACCGUCACAAAUAGUCAACUCUGGGAACUGAAAACGCGCCCCGGUUGAAGUUCAAGUAACUUGUUCAAAUCGAACAGACUUGAGAAAGCCCGAAAAAGAUGACGAGUUUACGCAGCAAGGUGUUAUGCCAAGCCGAGAGGAUAUGUAACCACCUCCCCGUCUUCCUCAACACCUUCCUGGUUUUCUCCAUCACCGGGGAGGUGAGUUACCUGGUGCUGGUGGAGGCUCCGCUGGAGGCUGAGCAGCAGAAGUCUGAAUGGUCCGGCUGGUGGAAGGCAGUUCACCUGCUGAGCCAGUACUUCAUGCUGGCGAACAUCUGCUGGAACGCGCUCCUCUUCGUCAAAACCAACCCCAGCAUCAAAGGAGUGUUUCUGGGUGGAGAUGGUCUGGGUCAGGGAUGGAGGUACUGUUAUACCUGUGAGACGCACACUCCUCCACGGUGCUCCCACUGCUUUGACUGUAAAGUGUGCGUCCUGCGGCGGGAUCACCACUGCGUUUUCUUCGGUCAGUGUGUGGGAUUCCGCAAUUACCGCUACUUCCUGAGCUGCCUGCUGUUCAUGUGGUCGGGGCUGUUGUACGCCGUGGUGAUGAAUGCGGAGGUCUUCAUGGUCAUACUGAAGGAGGGCGUCACCCUGCACAGCAUCUUGCUGCUGCUUGUUCCUUGGAUCAUGCUUGUAUCAGGUCAAGUGUCAGCACGUGCCUUUGCCUUCGCCUUCAUCGCUGACACAUGCGUGGUCGGGUUCCUGCUGGUCUCCGCCUUCUUUUUCUUCCAUCUCAUCCUGUUAUGUCGAGGUCAGACCACUAGGGAGUGGUACUCGUCCCGACGCCCUUACAGCCUCGGACUCCUGGGAAACCUGCGUCACACGCUGGGCCUCCGCUGGCACCUCUGCUGGCUCUGCCCCCUCAUCCCAUCCCCCAUGCCCGGUGACGGGAUACACUUCCAAGUCACAGGGUCACUGGAACCGACCCGGUAACAGAUGGGGAUCAAAAGAGUCCACAAUGAAAUGGUGCUGGUUAAUAUUAUCCUGAUCAGGAGCAGGGAAAAAGGCCUAAUCUAAUCAGAAGGUAGCUUGGGAUGGAUUGAAGCUGAGAACUAUGUGACUGUUUUAGAUAAUAGGGGUGGUAAACUUCAGACUUCUGCAGAGUUUGGCUGCGUUGGGACAGAAUAAAAGCUCUUAUUCUGAAGGUGCACUGAUUUAACCUGAGGUAUUCCACACUGACUGAGACUGACGCUGUAAUCAACACUGAUCUACUGAAACUCUUAAUAGUGAAAAAUGAAAAUGUGUUUGCAACACAACACUGGAAAAAAGGAAUGUUUUAAAUGAAACGUAAGCCAAACACAUAAUAAAUAUUAUAAAAUAAGCAUCAGAAUUGUCUGACUCAUUUAGUGGAUCGUUAAGUAUUUUCAGUCAGUUUGUGUUUUUAUCUGCCUAAAUCUGAAUCGCAUGCAGGAUCUGUUUACACUCGCCCUGGUUAAAGUCAUCAACCGCUUCUUAUUUGCUUUUUUGCACAAUCAGAAAGGUUCAAACUUCUUUGUAUUUACUCUUUUGCAGUCAUAUGUGUGUGUUUUUUUUAAUUCCUCAUUCAUCGUAGUGUUAAUUAAACACUGAGGGGACAGCUGUAGCUUUUUCAGUGAUGUCUUAAAGGCCACGGAGCAGCAGACCUGAAACCUAAACCCACAAGUACUAGAUGUUGCCAAACAUGCUGCAGUUCACUGACAAUUUAAAUUCAUCCUUUUGAAAACAGACAUGAAAAUGUCUACAUGCGACAUUUGUCAAGUGCUUUUUUUCAUGCUUCAUAUUCUCUUUCAAGCCUGCCCUGCCUCACUGUGCAUUCUCCAUUAUGCUCUGCAUUCAAAUGUCUACUUUUGGGCAAUUUUCCUGUGUUACUUCGAACCCCCCCCCCCCCCCCCCCCCCUUUGCCUUAAAAUGUUGUUUCACAUUUCUGCUGGAAAAAGGUUCUUGUUUACUCAUUUAUGUUAAAGCCAAAAAUUGUUUUUUUGUGUUGGUAAUUGUUUCACUAAAGAUGUUGACUUUUUGUGUUUGCUUUUUCCAUUUGAAAGGGAUUAUUAAAGUGUGUGAAGGGAUAUUCCACAUUGUUGUUUUUUAUAUUUCCAAUUGUGUAUUUGCACUGGUGUACUCUAAAAAUAAACUUGGGUUUGAAAACUUUU